AUGUUCUUGCAGAUUGUGGAACUGUUACUGUCACUGCCAGAUACCAACCCCAAUACUUUGACUCGGGAACGCAAGACAGCACUCGACAUUGCAGAGGGUCUUCCACUCUCAGAAGAAUCUUCAUACAUAAAAGAGUCUCUUGCCCGUUGUGGAGCUCUCAGGGCAAACGAGCUGAACCAGCCAAGGGACGAGCUGAGAAGCACCGUCACACAAAUCAAGAACGACGUUCAUAUCCAGCUGGAACAGACCAAAAGAACCAACAAGAACGUUCACAACAUUUCGAAAGAGCUCAGGAAACUCCACAGAGAAGGGAUCAACAACGCAACCAACUCAGUAACCGUCGUGGCUGUCCUCUUCGCAACCGUGGCUUUCGCGGCUAUUUUCACAGUGCCUGGAGGAGACAACAACGACGGAUCAGCGGUGGUUGUAGGCAGAGCAUCGUUCAAGAUCUUCUUCGUCUUCAACGCGAUCGCGUUGUUCACUUCUCUGGCCGUCGUGGUGGUCCAGAUCACGUUGGUGAGAGGAGAGACAAAGGCCGAGAAGAGGGUAGUGGAAGUGAUCAACAAGCUGAUGUGGUUGGCGUCGAUGUGUACAUCGGUGGCGUUUCUUGCGUCGUCGUACAUAGUGGUUGGGAGGAAGAACGAGUGGGCGGCGGAGCUUGUGACGGUUGUUGGGGGUGUGAUCAUGGCUGGUGUUCUUGGGACGAUGACUUAUUACGUGGUGAAGUCGAAGAGGGUGAGGUCAAUGAGGAAGAGGAUUAAGAGUGCUCGUAGGAGCGGUUCCAACUCGUGGCAUCAUUCGGAUUACUCUAACUCGGAAGUUGAUCCAAUUUUCGCAAUCUAAUAAUGUCCAUUGAGAGAUGAUUAAUCAUGUAAAUAUAUUUGGUGAAGAGAGCUAGACUAGAUGAUCUUGUGGAUAAAGCCUGAACAUCAUCAAUAGGCAAACACAGUAGUCACAGGUUUGUAAACACUGGUCAACUCAUUAUAUUCCAAAAAUUAAGUUAACCAUUG